AUGCCAUUCUGUCAUGUGAGCAAGUACGAAGAGGGGAACCAGAGAUCGGACACCGGCCACGGGAUCAAAAUUUAUUACCGGAGAUACGGCCGUGGCAGGACCAAGGUCCUCCUAAUCACCGGUACGUAGGAACAUCAGCGCUGAUGAAUCCCCGUCUCCCGUGUAUUUGGGAUUCUGAUUUAAUCAUCUGGCGUGAUUGUGAAUUUGAUCGCGUUUGGGGAUUUGUGGCUGCUGCAGGUCUUGCGGGGACACACGAUUCCUGGGGGCCUCAGAUUGAGGGCCUGACGGGAUCGCUGGAGCCCAAUGACGAGGAGUCGCCGUCUAGUGGCGAUUCGGCUGCCGAUUCGGCUGCCGAUGGCUCAAUUCGUGGAGCGGAAGCAGACGACGGGAUUGAGGUGUGCUCCUUUGAUAACCGCGGGAUGGGUCGGAGCUCUGUGCCCACUAAGAAAUCAGAAUACACGUGAGUAAAUCCGACGCGAUUUCGUUCUCCGGAUUGACGUGGUUUCCUGAGAAUAACAACGUUCAUAGAUUCGAGCAAAUGCGCAAGAAUUAACGCGCACAUCCUCAAGGAACUAAGAUAUUAUCAUCGUGAUAGAUUUUUUAAUUCGUUUCCCAUUUGGAACUGAUAAUGAAAGGUGUUUGUAUGUGCAUCACGUAUUUCUUUCUAGGCUUGGAACUAAGAUGAGACUUGGAUUCGGAGAGAAGAAAAAAAAAAACAGAUGUAUCGUGGGAGAGUUUUGAUAUCAAUUGAAAGACAUCAGUCAGUAUGGAUAAAUGAUUGUUCUUAACAUUAAUCUCAUGGCAUCUCACUCUUUGCUCGGAGCUAAUUUCUGUCAUUUAUUUAUUUUUAUUUUGGCAGAACAACUAAAAUGGCAAAAGAUGCCCAGGCCUUACUCGAUCAUUUAGGCUGGGAAAAAGCUCAUGUCGUUGGACAUUCUAUGGGUAAGCUGGACCGUUUAUUUUCUGAUGGUCAUGCUGAUGAGCAUUAGAAGACCCCCACACUGAGCAGAAUUACUCGGUUUGAAUAUUCCAUAUGACCUAUAAUUUGGCGUUUGAAAGACGUGAAUCACAUUGAAUGAACAGGAAAAUGCCCGAUCAGGAUUUGCAUGAGUAGUCAUUUUUGAUCGGUGAGAAAAUAUCUUAACUAUUUUCUUCUUGUUUUUUUUUCUUACAGGAGCUAUGAUAGCGUGCAAGCUGGCAGCAGUGGCAUCAAAUAGGUUGAGUUCUCUGGCGUUGCUCAAUGUGACAGGUGGUGGCUACGAAUGUCUUCCAAAGGCAAAAUCUCUUCUACCCUUUUUCUACACCAUAUCAUGAAUAAUUCUAUUACUUGUACUCCCUUGGUCAGAAGCUUCUCUCAUGAAUCUUCUGACUUCUUCGAAUUUAAGAAUCUCACAAACUAAUACAAUAAAUACGAUGGUCGCAUCUGAUUUCACGUCUUCUGAAAUCAGAUUGAAGGAAUAUUUAAAGAUGGCCUGAUAAAUUCCUGUAUUUUUGGUGACUAACCAACAGGAUUUCGAUAAUUUGUAUCCACAUAUGAAUAAACCUUUUGGACUAAAAAGAAAAAGACAAUGAGGAGUAGCUCAUAUAGUACCAUCACAUGAACUUUAGGUAUACUACGACUUGAAACUUGCAUGCGUAUGAAAAAGAGAAUGACUCUAAUCUGCAGCUUCUUGUGCUCUUUUCAUGUGUUUAUGUCACCGCAUCUUCUGGUUGUGUUUCCCCUGUGUAUGAGUCGCUUGAUUUAUUUCAUUUUCAUGCAAUGUAGCAUGUUAUAUCCAUCCCAACGGGAUCCCUUUCAAUAAAUCAUCUGCACCCAAAGAACGAAAUCUGAAUGCAAAAAUGGUAGAUCACUUGGCAGAUGAUCUUAAAUAUGUAUCUUUAAAUAUAUAAAUUUAUCAAUUGAAUUUUUUAUUUUUUUCACUAGCACACUUUCAUGCCUCUCCGAAGGUGCCUCUAUCAUAUUUCUCUCACAGUCGUCUAUUAACAGAUAAAUGGUCAGAUGAUAUCCCUUGCCUAUCGUUUUUUAAGGGCAAAGAACCCCGAGCAAAGGGCGAUGGUAGACUUGGAAACCCAUUAUACCAAGGUUUGUUCAAUAAUCCCUUCUCAUCCUAACGAAAACUUGUCAUACUUGGUGAUUAAUCUUUUCAGAUUUGCUUAGAAGAAAAAAUCUCCUUUUUCAGGAAUACCUAGACGAACAAGUGGGAUCCAGCACAAGGGGGAAGAUUCUUUACCAGGUAAGAAACAUCGUUACUGUCGAGUGUGCAACGCUCUUAGACCGGGAGUUUCUGAGACCAAAAUGGUGCCACGAUCACCGUCCAUUUAAAAGUAAUACAUUAAGCUAUUUCUUCAGUCAUCCUCCUCCUGGGUCUUACGAGUUUCACAUGGGUAAAUGAUGAUAGCAAUACGUGAGAGCCAUAUCCUCAACUGGGAUGCAGUCGACUUAUGGUUUUGAGGGCCAAGUGAACGCCUGCUGGACGCACAGGGUGACGUCGAAGGACGUUGAUGUAAUCCGAUCUGCAGGGUUCCAUGUGUCAGUCAUCCAUGGCAGGUCAGUUUACUGCCGACUCAUUGGUCCAUAUCUAGUGUAUUUAAUUUUUCUUAUUCUUACAUUUCCGUCAUCCUAUUGAUAUCCUCCUAAACAGUACGCACUAAAGUGUGAAUUUCUUGCUAGUAGGAUGAUUGAACUUUGGUUCUUCCGCAUUGAUGAGCUAAAUAACUUGUUCAAUAAAUUUCCACAAUAAUUAGCUCAAGGUUGACUGAACCAUCGAACGUUUGUCAGGUAUGACAUUAUUGCCCAGAUAAGCCACGCGAAGAAGAUUGCAGAGAAGUUGCAUCCUGUUGCAAGGAUGGUUGAGCUCCAUGGGGCGCAUCUAGUGAGCCAUGAAAGACCAAAGGAGGUAUUUCCUUGGCAAAGUUCCAGUAGUUCUAAGGAUGACUCCAACUGCAUUGACUCGUGAUGUUGAUACUAUGCAUUUCAUUAAAUGCAGCUGGACGACCAAACGACCACAGGUUUAGAGGCUUUCAUUAGAAAUUUUCCCAGAAAGAAUUCAAUGGACAUCAAUCAUUCUAGAAGAUAUCAAUGCUUAGGAUUAGUAUUAGCCUAGUUAAUAGCUUCCAGCGCUUUUGGAUUUCUUUUGCUUUAGCGGGCCACCUUUUUUUAUUAUUAUUUUUUAUCUUCAUCGCUUCCAUCUCCUAGCUCGAACGAUGUGCGUGGGUGUUGAAAUAAUUUCAAAGCUACCAAUCGCGGUCUAUGGGUUUAUGGGCCUUCCCAUUCCAUGGUCUAUGGGCCUUCCCGUUUCUAUUUCUAGUUGGUGUUCGGUAACUAGUCCUCCAGGAAUGACUCUAGAAAUGAUGUUAAACAUCUGCAUCAUGGAUGACAAGAAUUAAAAUUUGCAAUAAGAGAUGCAGAAAAAGUGAUUCCAAACAAUAGGAGCACAUACAUCUGCGUAUAUUAUCAUCAAGAAUUGAGUUCCCGCUGUUUGACAAUGAUAGCUGACCAGAAAUUUCUCUAUCACGGCUUAUCUGUUGACGAGCAGCAAAUGCCUAAAAUUAUAUUACAAUAAGAUGACCCUCUGUCGGCAGUUCACCCCCACGGUGCAGGAUAAGUAGAAACAUCUACCCUAUUAUGAUGUUGCAAGUUAUGGAAUAAUAAACUCUCUCUCAGGGGGCAUCCAGUAAAUGAAAAAAAUGCUAGCCAUAUUCAAAGAAAAAAAAUUAAGGUAUUUGCAGUCUCUACUUGAAAGGAUUUAUGCAGUAAUCAUUUUCGACUAUGCUCUAGAUCAGCAGUCUACCAUUUGAUAUGACUAUCAUGAAGCAAGCACAGGACAUAAAUACAAGACACAGAGAAUGAAAAGAGUCAGCUUGAGAUAAUUGAAGCAUGUCGUACCCAGGAAGUAUAAAGUGAUCAAUGUUAACAUUUUUACUUUUUUUCAUUCAGUAGUAUGGUAUGUGCAAUAGAGUUCAUCAAAUUGUUCACCCUCGAGUAUAAUGAAAUAAUAUAGGGACUAUCUCUUAACAAGUGGCAAUGUCUUCCAAAGACCAGCAUUUUCUCGUAAAUGCCUCAAUAUUUUUAUCAUAUUUUACAUAUAAUUAUAACAUCCAAACUCACAACCUAAAAACUUGCAGGUAAACCAAUCUCUGUUGGAGUUGAUCAAGGCAUCGGAAUCAAAUCUAUCUCUACAUAUGUGGUCUUGCUUGUCCAAGAAUGAAACAGGUGGUUUAAAUUCGAGCCAUACCAACCUUCACUUGUAUCCUCAGUUCUCUGUUCGUAGGUUUCUUAUAGACUCUUUUUUUUUUCCCUCUCAUAACAGGAUGGGCAACAUUUCGGCUUUCAACACUACCAGAUAGAUUGUGUAAUGAAAGUGGCACUUGCCUUGAGACAACCACCGAUCUUUUAUCAAAGUUUCAAUUUAGCUUGUUGUACUUUUUUGGGUUAUUUGUGAUGGCCUUCGGAUAUGUACGGAAGAUCCUCAGACUGGCCAAGCCAGAUAGAGUAGGAGAAAUGGUAUCGUAA